UGCGUGCUCGAUGUGUAUAGUGAUCAACCGCGUAGAUCUAUUGCCGUAACGGACUGGUCGCACGUGGACUUGUAUAUUAUAGUGAUCGCUGGCUGCCGGUUAAUUAUUAUUAUAAUUAUACUUUUUUAAUUUUUGUUUUUAAUACUUCAGACAUCGAUUGCAUAGCACCGGUCAUCGGCUUCAUCGCAGAUUACCACAUGUGCUACGAAUUACUUACAGUAGUAUUUGAAGUGUAAUGGGUGCGUGUUUCUUCAGAGAUGCACAAAUGGCUGCAAUUGCCGGCCAAUCCUACAGAAGAUCCGCUGGCCACUGUUUAUCCAAUCAAUCACUACAAGAAGUCCCAUGUCUACGCUGUUACUAGAAUAAAUCCGAUUUACGUGGACGACGAGAACGUGCACCACACCAGCAAUGAGACGUGGAAGAACAAGAGCGGCAGUUCCGGGUACGACAGCCAACCGCACUCGGACCACUCGAGCUUGGACAAGGGUUCGCCGCCGGGCACCAAGUGUCUGAGGAACGGGACGACGCCACCGUCGUCGGACGAAUCGUCGGGCAGUCCGGUGCAGAGGGCGGCGGCGCCUUGGCUGCUGUCGCCGAUCAAGGAGGGCGUCAUCGAUGUGCAUCAGUACUGCAUACCGCGGCCGGUGUGGCCGGGUCACGGGGACGGCGGCACGCACGGAUACCCCGCGGACCUGGACCGCAUACCGCGGGUCAAGUGCUGCAGGCACUGCGCCCGUUGCCGGUGCCGCAGCAGUAGCAGCACCAGCAGCAGCAGCACCGGUAGCACCAACAGCGGCGGCAAGAUCGUGAGCGGCGGCGGCAGCUUUUCCGGGUACUCGUCCGCGUUUGGCGGUGGCACCAUCAGCACCGGCAGCACCAGCACCACCUCCAGCGGCGGCGGCGCGGGAUUGUGUUUGGACGACGUGAACCCGUCGCCCGCGGGCAACGGCCCGGUCGUCUCCAAUCGGUCGCCACUGACGUUGGACCCGCGUUUUAGCGACGGCGUUGGCAUCAACAAAGCUCUGGUGGACAACUGGAACACCGUCGAACUGAGGCUCAAUCAAAAGACUGAUCACCUACACUACGAUUGCGGCGCCAUGUUACGCGGACUACAAUUCACGUUGGACACGCAGCAAGCCGAAAAGUUGAUGCAGAAGAUCAAAGUGGGGAAAAAGCAUAGGUGUUGGUGUCGCUUCAUCACCGCAUGCGUGGGUCUGAUCAUGUUCCUUGUGUCCGUGGUCACGGUGAGCCUCACGCUUACCAGGGGACAAAAAAUGUUCGGCUCUCUCUGAUGACAUCGCAUUUCAACUCUCGUCUCUCAAAUAACGUAAUAACAAUAAUAAUAUUACUCAUGAUACACCUAUUGAUUAUUAUUAUUAUUGUUGUUAUAUCGUCA